AGCGCCAAUCUGAAAGCGCGUGUUAAUGUGAGAUUUUCUAAGAUGUGACCUUGCAGUGUGAAGUCAAAAGCAAGGGAGCGCAUUCCAGUGGCACAGAAAGGAUGGCUGGAGUGACGGGGUGCAAUUUGGGCGACAACACCCCCCGCCGCACACCAUCCUUUAUUGUACACCGUAAGGAAGUGAUGCGCGAACAGCACAUGGAGCUCUGCGCUCAUAUUUCUAUAGCGUUUCGGGGGGGUCGGCUCAUUUAUAAUCCGUCCCUGUGGGAGUGGGGUGUCGCUUUUAGCUUCAGUGUAUGGGACAAGCCUGCUUGUAACCCUACCUGAAAAAUAGCCAGGAAGACUGCAUAGUGCGGCGUGGCGCAGUCCGGACAAAUAAGGGGCUUCCGAAAGGAAAAUCGAAUUAAUUUGGAUCCCCUCCCCCUUGCACUUUUCCCAUUGCCUAAAAAAAAAAAAGACAAAGUAAAAAGUUUGUCAGCAGGGCUUGAAGUUCAGUGGGAUACCCAGAGAGACCAAACGAAGCCUGUUGGACCGUUUGCUGCUGAAGAUCCUUCGGUGGUUCAUCUAUUGGGAACACUGGCGUCAAGGCUCGAUUAAGGAAAAAAGAAGGCAGAGACAAGACAUUUACAUCUACCUAACGGAACAAGACGGGGGGCCAGAUACAGGGGUCGGCACCGACUGCUCAGACUGUUUUGAAGACUUCAGGUUCAUAUGCUGGACUGUGACUUGUGUGCCAUGAUGCCCUGAUGUCUUAUCCUAUGAAUAAAGUGGAUUAUGCUUCAUUUAAAGACUUUUGUGAUGCAGGAAAGCUUAAAUGAAACUGUGAAGUAAAUCAACCAUAUGUGCACCCCAUCGUGAAGACACACGAGAGGCUGUGAAACUGCAGGAACUCUCUCCAUCCGGCACAAAAACAUCCAUCCCCUUUCGCAGAGAGAUGCUCAACAUCCUGGGUAUCCUCGUGGGGGUGGCAGUCUCUGCAAGUCUUGGUGUCAAAGGUCAUCUACCAAAAACAGGAAGCAGGGUGUGCUCAAAACACAUAUACAAGUUCCCAGUUGUCUACAACGAGAGCUUCCUUCAGCCACUUCAUACGCCGUAUCUGACCACUUGUCCUGGACACCGCAUCUGCAGCUCUUACAGGACCACCUACAGGGUGUCAUUUCGCCAGGUUAAAAAGGAAGUGUCUCAGGUGAGCACCAUGUGCUGUCCAGGUUGGAGAAAACGCUUCUCUCACUCCUACUCCUGUGAUCAAGCAGCAGUGUGUCAAAGCGCCUGCCAGAACAGAGGAAUCUGUUUGGUGCCAAAUGUGUGCACCUGCCCCCCAGGGUGGACGGGCAGCCAGUGUCAAACUGACAUAAAUGAAUGCCAGGUGCAGUCCCGACAGUGCGGACAUGACUGCGUAAACACACCUGGGAGCUUCUUGUGCACAUGUCGAAAAGGCUACAUCCUAAAAGACGAUGGGAGGUCUUGUGAGCAAAACGAGCCAGGAGAUACUUUGUCCAAAAGCCUGUCAGAAGAAGUGUCACAACUGAAAGACAAGGUGACCAGCCUGGAACAGCGACUAGAGAGAGCCGUCAGUGCAUUCUCUAGGUUUGUGCCAUUUGACGUGGAGCAAGUUAGAGAUUCAGAGAUUGCAGAGAUGUGGAGCCGACUGGGACAGCUGGACCGCAUCGACUCUUUGAGUGAACAGAUCCUCAUGCUGGAAGAGAGGCUACCCAAUUGUUCAUGUAACGAAAGCCAGUAGCUCAGAGGACCAAUGACAAAUGGGCACAACAUCUUCUAUUUUGCUACGCCAGUUUGUUAUUCUUCAUUAACUUUUUAAAUGGAUUUGUUUUGCAUAAAUUUAAAUCUAGAAAGCCAUAGUGCAGAGUAUAUUACUGGAGGGCUUAUUCAUGGUAUAUUUUCAUUUCCCUGUUGUAAAUUGUGGUUCUGGGAUUCAUUCAUAAUGGUUCUAAUGGUAGCUACACAGACAAGACUCAUAUCAGCUUCAUCAAUUUUAUCAAACUAAAUUAAUGCGGUAGCGCCCUUGUUCCCUUAUUUCCAUCUUAAUAUAUCCAAACGGGAUAGCAAACUAAUUAAAAAAGGUGCUGAUGCAUCUUGCAGUGCAGAUACACUGUUGUUAUGCAUCAGCAACUUCUUUUCAAUAGCAGGCUAUAUUUUAUGAAAAUUCUUCAUGGAAUUACAAUGUGAACCGCUAACUCACUCGACUGAAGAAGUCUCCGCCGUUCCUUUCAUCCACAAAAUAAACAUCCGGGGCGAAGACAGACCUUUUGUUAUGAUUUAUUAUCAUGGCUGAAAUAAAAACUCCAAGAUGUCAUUACCCUCCAGAUAAAGAGUUUGCAGCCAUUGCUUAAGCCAUGAAUCCAAACCAUGUCAUUCACUCCUGUUAACUUUGAACAUACAAAAAAGAAGAGAAAAAGCACAUAUUUAUGAAUAUGCUCUUUGAAACCCAUAGCAGG